GCAACUCAUCACAUUUGCAAGAGAGAGAGAGAGAGAGAGAGAGAGAGAGAUCUAAACCCUUCUUCACAUUACUUUUCUCUGGUAAAAAUCAUUUUCCUUAUCACCAUUUUCUCUCUUCCUUUUCCACAUGUACUAAUCCAAAUCUUGUUUUGUGUUUUUUGAUCAAGACGACGACAUGGUAUUCCAAGCAUGCUUCCAUGAUGACAUGGAGUCAUCCCUGCUUGAUAUUCCCAGUAACCCCCUGAGUGCUAAACCCUGCAGCCAAAAGAGAUGGUCCAAGGCAUUGUUUACCAUCAAAUGCUCAUGGGCCUUCUCCUCCCCUGUUCAGGACUCAUCAGACCAAGUUGUUAUCGAUGUCUUCGAACCCCACCUCCAUUUUCCCACCAUUGAUCAACCAGCCCUCCUCACCCAGAUCGUGAAGAAGAAAAAUCUGGGCCAGCUGAUUGCCCAAUAUAAUGGAGUUGAGGGACUUGCUUCUCAUCUGAACACAAAUUUGGAUGGUGGGAUUGUUGGAGACGAUGAGGAUGUCUCGCGACGAAUCCAAGAGUUUGGAUCGAAUACUUACCCAAGUCCGUCUGCGAAAAAUCCCUUCUAUUUCGUGUUCCAGGCUUUGAGAGAUCCCACUGCUUUGGUACUUUUAGUAAUUGCAUCACUUUCCCUUGGAUUUGGCAUCAAGGAGAAUGGCUUGGGAGAAGGAUGGUACGAUGGAGGAAGCAUAUUUGCUGCAGUGCUUCCAGGCAUAGCAGUCUCCGCAAUACGCAACUUCAGGAAAAACAGACAGCUUGUCAAGUUAUCCAGAGCAAUCAGCAAAAUCCAAGUCGAUGUUGUGAGAAGCGGAAGGCGGCAGCAAGUUUCCAUUUUCAAUAUUGUUGUGGGAGAUGUUGUUUACUUGAAGAAAGGAGACCAAAUUCCAGCUGACGGAUUUUUCAUAGAUGAGCACUCGUUGCUAGUAGAAGAAUCAAGCAUAACUGGAGAAAGCGACCCUGUCGAAGUUGAUCUUCCACAGAAUCCAUUCUUGUUAUCUGGCACCAAGGUAGCUGAUGGGGGUGGUCGAAUGCUAGUCACCUCAGUUGGAAUGAACACGACCUGGGGAGAAAACAUGAACACAAUCAUCAUGGACUCCAAUGAACAAACCCCACUGAAAUCUCAACUCAAGAGACUCACCUCAUUACUCGAGAAAGUUGGUUUAUCCGUUGCGUUCAUAGUCUUCGUCAUCUUACUAAUCCAGUACUUCAGCGGAAACACAAAGGACGAGAACGGGAACACAGAGUACACCGGCAGCAAAACCAAAGCCAGCAACAUCAUAAACUCUGUCCUCGCAAUCAUAGCUGCUGCUGUAACGAUAGUGGAUGUUGCGAUCCCAGAAAGGUUGCCUUUGGCUGUGACUCUCACUUUAGCUUAUUCGAGGAGGCAGAUGAGGAGUGAUCACGCCAUGAUUCGGAUUCGCAAGCUCUCUGCUUGCGAAACAGUUGGUUCGGCUACCACUAUUUGUACUGACAAAACCGGAAUGCUUACUCUUAACCAGAUGAAGGUGACAGAGUUCUGGCUUGGGCAGGAUUUUGUAAACGAAAACGGUUCGUCUUCUAUUGCAAGCAGUGUAGUUGAAUUACUUCACCAAAGUGUCGGUUUGAACACAACUGGUUGGGUUUGUAAGACUGUUUCAGGGUCUGAGUUUGAGGUCUCUGGUAGCCUUACGGAAAAGGCGAUCCUUUCUUGGGCUGUUUUGGAACUGAAGAUGGAUAUGGAGGGACUUAAGCAGAGUUGUGACAUUCUACAUGUUGAUGCGUUUAAUUCGAUGAAGAAAAGGAGCGGUGUUUUGAUGAGGAAGAAGGGAGAAAACACGAUGAAUCUCCACUGGAAAGGUGCAGCAGAGAUGGUACUGGCUAUGUGCUCGAAUUACUACGAUGUCAAUGGAAACAUCAAGGUCUUGGGAGAUGUUGAAAGGAAGAAAUUUGACGGGAUAAUUCAAGGAAUGGUGGCUAAAAGCUUGCGAUGGAUCGCUUUUGCACACAAGCAAGUUCCAGAGAAAGUAAAUGAAGGGGAAAAGACCCAAAUGAACAUAGAGGAGAAAAGCUUGACCCUUUUGGGAAUAGUGGGUUUGAACUAUCCAUGUCCACCGGGUGUGAAAAAAGCCAUCGAAGAGUGUCAACACGCGGGAGUGAACGUGAAAAUGAUCACGGGUGACAAUAUUUUCUUAGCUAAAGCUAUAGCAACCGAAUGUGGGAUACUGAAACCUAAUCAGGACAUGGAAAGCGGAGCAGUAGUAGAAGGGGUGGAAUUCAGAAACUACAGUCCGGAGGAACGAACGGAGAAAAUUGACAAAAUUUGCGUGAUGGCGAGUUCUUCUGCAUUUGACAAACUCCUAAUGGUGCAAUGCUUAAAACAAAAAGGCCACGUGGUGGCAGUCACUGGAGAUGGAACCAACGACGCACCAGCACUAAAAAAAGCCGACAUAGGCCUAUUAAUGGGGAAACAAGGGACCGAAGUGGCGAAAGAGAGCUCUGACAUUGUCAUCUUAGAUGACAAUUUCGUGUAUGUGGCAACUGUUUUAAGGUGGGGAAGAUGUGUUUAUACCAACAUUCAGAAAUUCAUUCAGUUUCAGCUUACUGUGAAUGUUGCUGCCCUUAUCAUCAACUUUGUGGCGGCGAUUUCAGCUGGUGGGGUCCCGCUUUCCGCCCUCCAAUUGUUAUGGCUCAACUUCAUUAUGGACACUUUGGGUGCUUUAGCUUUAGCCACUGGAAAACCCACAAAAGAACUAAUGGAGAAACCACCGGUGGGUCGAACAAAGCCCCUUACAACCAACGUUAUGUGGAGGAACCUACUCUGCCAGGCAUUUUACCAAACUGCCGUGAUGCUUAUCUUACAAUUCAAAGGCAGAGCGAUUUUCAAUGUGAGUGCGGAUGUGAAUUACACUCUGAUGUUCAAUGUUUUCGUGUUGUGUCAAGUUUUCAAUGAAUUCAACGCGAGGAAGCUCGAGAAGAAGAAUGUGUUUGAAGGAAUUCAAAAGAACAAGCUGUUUUUGGGGAUUGUCGGGGUGACAAUUAUGCUUCAGGUGGUGAUGGUCGAGUUUCUGAAGACAUUUGCAGAUACGGAACGGUUGAGUUGGUGGCAGUGGGGGCUUUGUGUUGGGUUUGCUUCAGUUUCUUGGCCACUUGGGUGGGUUGUCAAGUGGAUUCCUGUUCCACAGAAACCGUUUCUUUUGGGGGAGGGGGUUUCGCUUCCGGAGUUAGAUCUGGCAUCCACCACCAACUCCGGUGACAAGGUUCCACUCCUCCCUCAAACAUCCUUCUCUUUGAUGCCGUCGGAGUUAGAUCCGGCAUCGGCCACCAACUCUGGUGACGAGGUCCACUCCUCCCUCAUACAUCUUUCCCUUUGAUGCCAUUGGAGUUAGAAUUGGCAAAGCAACAGAGCAACAGAGAUGACAAAACAGCAGAGCUGACAGGACCGGCAGUCGAUGGUGAAAACCUAAUAGGAGGUUCUUUUCUUUCUGUAUAGUGUUUUGUUCUCCUCUCUCUCUCUUCGUGGAUUCUUUUGUUUUCUCCUUUUACGUAGCUUUUUGCAUCUUUAUAUGAUAGUGUGUUUUUUGUGUCUUAACGAAUUUCAGUUGUGAUGGUUUUGGGUACUCA